GCGUCUUCCGCUCUACAACGGCCCGCCCGCGGUGACAAGAAAAGACCAAUUCUUACCAGGGGGAUUGACAAGACCCGGCAGACCGUCCGAGUGGAUAUGCUUCCUUGCAACGCCUGACACGGGCUACUAACACAUCCAACUACAAUAUUUCGAAAGCGGAUGCGCACGUGGAUCUUCGUUAUACCUAUCUAAGAGUCUCCCCCUCAGCUGGGCCACCCUCGUCCACGCCCGACUCGAAAGCGGCAGCUCCCCGGUACUAGAUAGCCAGCGCCACACCCUCGUUCAGGUCGCUCAGCUCCGCCCGUCAUGUCGUCGCAAUCCGAGACGCCUGCGAGCCCGCCGCCCGCCCCCUCGUCCUCUUCCUCGCCGUCCCCGUCCGCGCCGGGGUCUUCCCCCGGCCCGUCCUUCCCGCAGAUCGUCAAGAACGACCCGGCGCGGACCGGCUUCGACCCGAAGACGUCGUGGUGGAUCAACUACUUCAAGAUCCUGACGGGCAACAUGACGACCGAGGGCGCGUUCCACUUCCGGGAAGAGCACUACCGCGCGCGCGAGGCGGAAGACUGCCAGCGGUGCGAGCAGUACCGCGACUGGACGUUCGCGCACUCGCCGAUCGUGCGGUUCAUGCGCGAGAAGGUGGCCGAGCUCGACGGCGAGCUCAACGCCCGCAACGUCGUCUGCCGCCGCUGCCCCGCCCGCCUCACCGAAGACGGCCAGGUGCACCGCGCCGGCGGCGGCUUUAGCCCCGACCACGGCAUCCUCAUCUGCGCCAACGAGAUGCGCAACCGCAACCACUUCGAGGACACCGUCGCCCACGAGAUGGUCCACGCCUGGGACCACCUCCGCUGGAAGGUCGACUGGGCCGGCGACAAGGACCUCAAGCACGCUGCUUGCACCGAGAUCCGCGCUUCCAUGCUCAGCGGCGAGUGCAGGUGGACGAGGGAGACCUUCACGAGGGGCAACUGGACACUUACGGAGCAGUUCCAGCGCUGCGUACGCCGGCGCGCGGUGCAGUCCGUACUAGCGCGGCCGCGAUGCAAGGACGAAGCCCAGGCGCUCAAGGUCGUCAACCAGGUCUGGGAUUCGUGCUUCUCCGACACGCGGCCGUUCGAUGAGGUCUACCGAUGAGGAGAGAAUAUUUGAAAAAGAUGUACAGAAAAACGCGGAAAUAAGAGACAAUCCAGGAAAAUAGACGCUUACGGGGCGGUUCGCUCGAAUGAGCUCUGUAUUUUUAGCUGUAGCCCUGCAUCGCCACAAGCAUUGUCCUGAUCACAUCCUACCAUACACCCUUUCAGGUGUAGAUAGGGGUCGCUGUACCCAUACCCAAGCGAAUUGGCAAUUGACACCAGGUUCAACCUAGGCAGAGCGAGGCGAGGCGA